ACAUUCCGAAAACGCUCUCGUGAGAUCUCGCGAACGCGGAAAGUUUGAAUCCGACAAGCCAGGCCAGAAACCACUACAUGUACAAAGAUGACAGAAACCAAGUCUGACUAUCGCCUGGAGAAUUUUGAUGAGUAUGAUGAACCUUGUCAGAUGACCACAGCGUACUGUGGUCAGUUAUCCCUUGACCAAUACGAGGAUCAAAUGGUCAAUACAACAGAACAAGCUGUCCUAGAACUCCUUUCCUACCUUGACAAGAAUCCACAGAAAAUCCAGUCCAUCUUGACCAAGCGGAAAAAAGAGGAACUGGAGAACCUAGGCAUGCUUUCAUUCCUAAAGAUGAAGAUGAUGUCUUUGAUCAAUGGUGAUAAAAAUGGAGGGGUCACAAUCCCAGAGGAGGAAUGUCAGGCCAAACUGGACAACCUGAAGUGUGAGAUGACCAAAGUAUUAGAUUAUUCCCUCAAGUCCAAAGGUCGAAGAUGUUCCAACCGCCUAGCUGCUAAGAGACAAAAGAUGUCAGCAUCAAUCAACAAAGAAAAUGCUGAAAUUCCUAUUUCAGAGAAUCAUCCUCCACCCCCUCCACCUCCUCCCCCUGUGAUAGCUAUAGCAACACCAGGGGGUAGUGAUAUGAGAAAGAAAGGCACGCCAUUGAAGGAUCUUAAUUUCAAGAUGGAUACCCCUAAAAGUUUGAUGAAGGUGAAGCGAAAGCAUGAACGCACUGGGUCAGAUUUUUCCGUGUCCUCUCUGACGACGAUUGGAUCAUUCAGCAGCCUCCAACAGGAACUUCUCAGCUCUAAUCCGAUGCGACGUCUCCGGACCACAAACCAUCAAAGAUCCCCAGGAGGUACUCCAUCAAGAAACCCUCGUAUGAUGUCCGACAGUCCCCACCAACAUGUCUACCUCCGAACCACUAUACCGUGCGUUUGUGAACAGCAUGCAGCACAAAUUCCGCAACGUGCGAUCUCCAAGUCCUGCAGGCCCCCAUAGCAACUUCUCUAGUCCAGGUGAUGCUCUGAGUCCAGGAGGUUUCACACCGUAGAUCUACAAACUGGAUAUCUGUGCAUGCUCCAUCAUAAUACUUCAAUGUCCGAGUAUGAAAGAACUCUUCCCAUCCAGGAAGUAGUUUUAUCAACAUUCGCAACAUGUUACCAACAUAUUGUCCUGCAAUAAGACAAUUGAACCAGGACAGGUUCUUAGAACUAAUUUUGAAUGUUUGGUCAGUAAUUACGGAGAUAGAUUUGAAUGUUCCGUAGUAAUUACGGAGAAAACGUAGAUUGAUUAUGUUGUGUUAUUGACGUUAGGUAAACUGUACCUCGUUUUUAUGUCUAAAAUAUAUUUUUAAGUUUUCACCUCAAAAUUGUUGUGAAGAGUUCCAGGGCAAAUCACUUUUUAUAUAGGGCAACGUCAGUCCGUCUGACAUUAGGAUUAAAUUUAGUUUAGAGAUCUCCUACAUUUCAAACGAUCUCUUUGGGACUAAGCAGACUUGUGGCAGCGGGGGCAUUUAAGUCUUACACACAUUUUCUAGUUCAAACUUAGAAGGCUAAAUAACCAUAAUAUAUUAUGGUUUUCGCCCGAAUUGUAAUUCAGUUUGCCCUUAAAUGUUUAUCUCUGUAGAUCCUUACUCACUCUACUCUACUCUUUGUUUUUGUUGAGUUUGAAACUUUUGACAAUUUUUAAAUUACUAUAUACUUCACAUCUAUAUCCAUGGCCAUGGAAGGCAAAUGAAGAUUCUUCUUUAAGAAAUAAAAUGAAGAUUUUUAAAAUCUCAAUUAUGGCCUUAUUUUGGCCUAUAAAUGUAUGUGAGAUUUGUUACAAUUUUGUGUAAAAGUGUUUUACUGUGAUCAUGCAAUUUCAGAGAUGGAGAAGGGAUUAUUAUCCAGAAUCAGCUCGUCUGGCCAAUUGUAGAAAAAAGUGGUCUAGAAAAUUUGUCCAAAGCUUAUAAACCAAAUUCAAUGAAACUACACAUAAUUGUGGAAUUUCAGAUGUUCAAGCAGUUUUUCCCCCAGAAAUUUUGGUUGCCAUGGUAACUGGUUCAAUACAUAUGUUUUAUGUAAUGGCAAAUAGCUCAUCAGUCUUUUGAUCAAACUUGGCCAAGUGGUGCAACUUAUCAAUGCCUAUAAUGAGCCACAUCAGGUGUUUCCAGAGCCAUCGAUAUGGAAAAAAAUAUAAUGGAGGCUUCCGAUUGGUCAAAAUAGCAUUAUUGUCCAUUUAUGCUGAAAAUUAGAAUAUAAGGAUUUUGAAGGAUGGCAAUACAGUGGUGUAUCACAUGGUUUCUAUGGCAACCAAAGAACCCUUAUGAUUGGAAGAAACAAAGUACAUUAUUAUUUUAUGUACAUGUAAUAUUUUUGUCCUCAUAAUCAUUCAUUGACCUAGAUAAAAUGAUUGCCAUGGAUUCAUUUGGUCUGCACUAUUAAUUGCUGAUAUGAUAUGAUAUACAGGUAUUUAUGUCUCAAGUGUUUAUUGCAAAUGAUGUGUAGGAGGGGGUAUUACUCAUUUUACUAAAUUUUGGCAAAAUAAUUUUAAAAGCUGGCCCCGAUUAGUUAGUCAUGGAAUUAGCUUACAGUUCUAGUUUUCAAAUGAGUUCUUUGUGAAGAAACCUGUAUUGAUUUCAUUUGAAGACAUCACAAGUGGUAUAAUGUAAGGUAGUAUAUGCCAUUGAAGGAAAUAACUCUACCAGAAAUUUUGUAACAUGGCAUAUACCCUUAAUACCUAGGAAUUUAUGAGUCUUAAUUAGCAUGGGAAGUGCUUCAUGCAUUUUGUUUUAUUUUUAUUUUAUGUGAUCAAUUGUGUUGUAAAUAAUUUGAAUUUUGAAAUUUAUACAAUACCACAAUUUCGUACAAUUUUAAUUUGUAUCUUUGCUGUAUAUCACUCAUAUACUGUUUCUUAAUAAAAAUGAGUCAAACUCCAA